ACUAUGUAUGUAUGGAAUCGAUCAUAUAUUUUUACAAAAAGCAUGUUUUGAAUACGCGACUUUACCGGAUAUUAGGUAUUUUCAAGAGCCACGGGACUAUGGAAUAAAAGAAGAUUCGGAAACUAAAGUGUUCCAAUGAAAAAGAAUAUAAAGAUCAAAGUCAAAUUAUUAUAAAAAUAGAGGGGCUAUUUGCGCAUUUGUUCCUCCCCUCGUAGAACUAGAAUCUACACAAUAUAGGCACAGCUCACGCCUACAAUUCCUUACUAGUUACAAUAUGAGACAGCCCACAUUCAAAUCAAGGAAUGCUCACACCCCCCUCUUAUCCCCUCCGUAUCCAUCUUGCACUAUUCUUAAAGAAUCAUCCUUCAAAUUAAGAUCUCUCCCCAUCCCCACAUUCAUGGGAGAUCAUCACUUUGUGGACAAUCUCAACAGUACCACCACUCUUAAGCCCUCUCCCCACUUCAUGGAAAUGGAUCCGUCGUGCAUGGGUUUGGUGAUCACCGAUCACCUCGCGGAGCUCCACGGCAACGGCGCCGGCGCAGCAUCGAUGGCUUUCUGCGACGAGAGUUACGCUUACUUCCCUCACCAUCACGAUCAGUUUCCGCUGCAGCUGCAGCAGCAGCAGCAGCCGCCUUUCGCCGAUCAAAACUCGUCACCGGGCCUGCUGCCGAUGCUCGGAGACCUCGCCCCGAUAACCCUGCCGCCGCCGCCGCCUGCUGCUGCUGCUUUUGUCGGAGUCAGGAAAAGAAAGGCGGCGGCGGCGGCGGAUGCUGCGGCGGAGACAAGCUCUGCGAAUUCUUCGUCGCAGCCUAUGGAGAAUAGCUUAAGAGAUCAUCAAUACAGGGCUAUAAAGAAGAUCUGCUCAGAUAGUACUGCUGCUGGGAAGAGAGGGAGAGGCAAUUCAAAAUCAAAAAAGGAGGUGGAGAAGCCGAAGGAGGUGGUUCAUGUGAGGGCAAGGAGAGGCCAUGCCACUGACAGCCACAGUCUAGCUGAAAGGGUGAGAAGGGAGAAAAUUAAUGAAAGAAUGAGAUGCUUACAAGAACUAGUUCCUGGUUGUUACAAGGCAAUGGGCAUGGCGGGAAUGCUCGACGAGAUUAUAAACUACGUGCAAUCGCUACAAAACCAAGUUGAGUUUCUUUCGAUGAAGCUUUCGGCGGCGAGCUCAUUCUAUGACUUCAAUGUGGAUAUUGAACCCAUGACAACACUACAGAUGAUGAGUAUUAAUGCAAAUGAGGCUCAAGUAAUGGAGAAGGUGAGGGAGUUAGGAGGAUAUGGUGGUGGUGGAUGCCCUAGCUUUUUUGAGUAGUACUCUAGUAUAGGCCCUUUUUUUUUCUUUUUUUUUUUUUCUGGUGGAUUUUGGCUUUUUGGCGUUGGCUUUGGGCUCAAUGUUUUGCUUCUGUGGUCGAACACAUUUCCAUGCACAUCACACGUGCAUUUAUCAAAGCCAUGUACUCACCCAAGCACAUGUGUGGGUCUACACAAUUAUAUAUAUGAACAAAUGUAUCUUUGCUCUCUUAUCUCUCUUUUUAUCUGGUUUAAAGGCUAAAUAAUUAGAGAGAGAGAGAGAGAGAGAGAGAGAGAGAGAGAGAGAGAGAAAGAGAGAGUUUGUGUGUGUGUGUGUGUGUGUGUGUGUGUGUGUGUUAAUUAAGUUUUGAGAUUAAUUUCUAGCA